UUAACAUAAAACAUUCUACAUUUAAAAUUUUAAAACAUACGUACUGCAUUGGUACAUAUUAUACAAAUUUAAUGAUAUCAUUUAAAUUUUAAAUCAUACAAUUUUACAAUUGGAAUCGUUUUUGUUUAUUAUAAGAAAAGUAAUAAUUAUUUCCACUAUAAGUAAUACGUAAUAAUAAUUAUUAUGUUGCUAUUAAACAAUAUCUUCAUAGUUUUUUAAUAAAUACAAAUAAAAAUUGUCGAAAAAUUCAGUAUGUCAAAACAAGAAGUAGAAAUACUCAAGGCUUAUCCUCAUCACAAUACUUUUGAGUUUUGCGAAAAUCGGCCCAAGUACCGUCAGGGACGUAAACUCACGGCAGUUAAGGUUUAUACAGUGAAUGAUGAAUCACAACAUUUAUUGAUCAGAGGUGUGCCUUCUGUUAAUUUAAACGAUGAGGUAGAAAAACUCUGCAACCGAUACGGUCACGUAUCGAGUAUAAAACAAGUACAGUUCGAAGAACAAGAACAGUUCACUCAUUGUUUCCAUGUCGUCUAUACACGUAUACAAUCAGCAAGAUUUGCAAAAAAACAAAUGGACACAAAAAACUUUUUUGGAGGAGUUUUACAUGUCUGUUAUGCUCCAGAACUUGAAAGUUUAGAUCAGUCUAGAGCUAAAUUAAUAACAAGGAUAUCUGAAGUUGCCCGACGACUCCAUAAGCUUGGCUAUAUUCAAGAAAAUCAAAGUGACCAGUCCAGAUCUGUUGAUGAAUGUUCUAAAGCUUUUUCAGAAAAUAAGCAACAAUAUGAAUCUAUUCCUCAAACACAUAAUCGUUGGCUAGAAGGAGGUUUAAAGUGUUCUUAUAUUGAACCAAAAUCAAGCUCAUCUUCUAUAGUUAAGGAAAUAGUAACAAAACAAUUGAAUCCAGUUAAAAAUGUUGUGCCACCAAACUCUUCUAUAUUACAUUUUGUGCCAAAACAAUUACACCAAACCUCAAUGAAUCAUACUACUAAAAAACCUAAUCGUGUUAUAUUUCAUAACUAAAAAUAAAUAAUUGUAUUUAAAU